AUGUUCCGCUUCCACAAGACCCUCGACAUUGUUACCCUCUUCCACAAGGCGGGCUCUCCCGCCUCCGUGAGAGCCGCCAACAUCCUCAAGCAGGUGUCGGCCAACGCGACCGCUGGUGCGACCGAAGACCAGGCCAGCGACCAUAGUGUCCAGACGAACCCUCAGAAGUCGCGCGCCGAGUUUGAGCUCAACAUUACCGAAGAGCCGCCGACCGCGGACCAGGUCAAGACCAUCCUGGAGUAUGUUGGAAAGAACAGAAUCUCGUCCAUUGUGAAGGGCGCGUCGACCGAACAGGAGGCCCUGAGGAAGUUCCAGCAGAACUCUGAGUCCUUCCAGAGACCCGUGACUGUGGACUGGAACAAUGGCAAGGCUGUUGUUGGCGAUAGCGAAUCCGAGAUCCUCAAGAUGCUCAACGCUUUGAACAGCGAAAAGAGCUGA